GAGUUCUACGACGGUGGCAAGUCGUUCUGAAUUUGGAGCGAAAAAACAGAAAAACACAAUGUCGGUUAUUUUAGAGACUUCUCUCGGAGAAAUCACCAUUGAUUUGUUUACUGACGAAAGGCCACGAUGUUGUAUGAAUUUUUUGAAGCUAUGUAAAAUCAAGUACUACAAUUUUUGCCUCUUUUAUUCUGUACAGAGAAAUCUUGUGGCUCAGACGGGGGACCGAACAGGAACUGGACGGGGUGGAGAGUCCAUCUAUGGAAAAUUAUAUGGGGACCAAGCCAAAUUUUUUGAGAUGGAGCUGGCACCCCGAAUGAAGCAUUCCCGUGCUGGUUUGGUAUCCAUGGUAAACAAUGGGCAGAAUAUGCAUGGAUCUCAGUUCUUCAUAACUCUGGCAGACAAUCUGGACUACCUGGAUGGUAAGCACACCGUGUUUGGGGAGAUAGCGGAGGGAAUGGACGUCCUGAUGAAAAUUAACGAGGCGUACUGCGAUGAAGAAAACAGACCUUUCAAAGAUAUCAGGAUAUACCACACGAUUAUAUUAGAUGAUCCGUACGAUGAUCCGGAUGGACUGGAAGUUCCUGACAAGUCUCCGGAACCUACCAAGGAACAGCUGGAUACUGUAAGAAUCGGAGCAGAUGAGGAGGUGGACGAUUUUAAAGGAAUGACAGAUGAAGAAGUAAAGGAGUUGUUAGAGGAGAAAGAGGCCAAAGCAAAUGCCCAGAUCCUAGAAAUGGUGGGUGAUCUCCCAGACGCUGAAGUGAAACCAGAGGACCAUGUUCUCUUUGUCUGUAAACUGAAUCCUGUAACAACGGACGAGGACCUGGAAAUUAUAUUCUCCAGAUUUGGUCCAAUCAAAAGCUGCGAAGUGAUCAGAGAUCAGAAAUCAAAAGAGUCUUUACAGUAUGCAUUUAUUGAAUUUGAAAAGACAGAGGAUUGUGAGAGUGCAUAUUUUAAGAUGGAUAAUGUUUUGAUUGAUGAUCGGAGGAUACACGUAGAUUUCAGCCAGUCUGUAGCCAAGGUCAAAUGGAAAGGCAAAGAUGAGAAGAAAGAUGAGGUAAAGGAAAAAUAUGUCAUCAGGGACCGCUCCAUUCGACAGGACAAUAAAUAUGAUUUAGUUUUUGAUGAUGAUGAGGAGGAGGAAGAUAGUAAGAAGAAAUCCAAAAAGAAAAAGAAACACAAAGAAAGAAAAAAAAGUGAUAGUGACAGUGAUUCAUACAAAAAGAGAAAGAGAGAAAGAAGUAGAUCUCCCAGUCCACAGAGAAGACCCAGACACUCCAGUAUAUCUCCCAGUCCACAGAGAAGACCCAGCCACUCCAGUAGAUCUCCCAGUCCAGGCAACAGGGCACAGUCACCAAGGGGAAGGUACAGGGAAGAUGACAAAAGAAGCAGAAGACAAAGAGAAGAAAGGAACAAAUCCCGAUACAGGUCAUCUUCACCAGAUAGAGCCAGGCCACCAAGGUCAUCUGAAAGGUCAUAUGAGGACAGAGACAGGAGGAGUGAUAAAGAAGAUAGGAGGAGGAGGAGUAGAGAUAGGGACAGGAGUAGAGAUAGAGACAGGAGUAGAGAUAGGGACAGGAGUAGAGAUAGAGACAGGAGUAGAGAUAGAGACAAGAGUAGAGAUAGAGACAGGAGUAGAGAUAGAGACAGGAGUAGAGAUAGAGACAGGAGUAGAGAUAGGGACAGGAGUAAAGAUAGAGACAGGAGUAGAGAUAAACAUAGAGACAGACGAAGAUAAUGCAAAGAUAUUUAGAAUUACACAAGACAUUCGUGGUAUGAAAGUGGUACAAGACAAUUGUAUAUAUAAAUAAAUGAUCUCUAUUAAACAAA